AUGGAGGGGGUCCCAGAGGAAAUGGAGGAUGCCACUGAGGAGGUGGAGGGCGUCCCCAAGGAGGUAGGGGGAGACAUGGCGAAGGUGUUGGGCGCCCCUGAGGAGGUGGGGGGCAUCCGUAGAGGGAGUCCUCGAGGAGGUAGGGGCGUCCUGCCGAAUGUGCUGGGCGCCCCUGAGGAGGUGGGGGGCAUCUCCGAGCAGGUGGAGAUGGUGGUCGCCCCCAAGGAGGACAAGGGCGUGCGCCAGGAGGCGGAGGGCGCCCCUGAGGAGGCAGAGGGCGUCUUGGAGCCGGCAGAGGGCCCGAUGCUGCCGUCGGGUGGGCCCGAGGGGCUGCCAUCCACGACCCAAGGGCCGGACACCGAGGGCUCAGACACCGGGCUGGCCGAGGAGAUCAACGAGGAGGAGGCUGGCGUCCAGGGCGGUGGCGAGAGCACAGCGGACCCAUUCCAAUUUCCCAUGCUGGGUUUACGUUUUGUCUUUCUUGAUCUUGUUCACACCCUGCUGCGACGUAUAUACUACAACCACCAAGUGCUGGUGCGUCCGCGCACAGGUUACCUGAUGCUGCGCCCGCGGGCAGGGGUCCCUGAGGGCCUAAAUACACUGGCCCAGUUGCCUCCUGUGCAGCCUUCCAGCGGGGGCUGGGGCGAGGGCCUGGCCGCAGGGGCCUUCACUGCUGCGGCCGCCUCCACUGCUGCCGCCGCUGCCUCUGCAGCUGCUGCUGCCGCCCCCCAGGCUGCCCCUCAGGACCCACCGCUACCGCCACCUAAAGACCUUGACCAUGAGAGCGCGGGCCAGGCCGAACAUGAGCCCCCAGAAGAGACCACAUGUUCGCAGAUUGAGGAAGCCCUGAAGGACGCCGCAGACCCACAGGGUAAGGAAUCCCUGGACCAGACCCCAGCCCACAUGGCACCCCAGCUCCUCACCUGCUGUUCAGUGCACACUGGCCUUCAGUGA